UUCUUUUGUUCUGGUGUUGGUGUUCCUUUAUACGCUUCUUUUCUUCGUGAUCAAUUAACGAUCCGUGACUGUGCUCGUCGUCUCUAAAGCGAUCAAUCAAGCGUGAGAGGGCAGCACAGCAUGUCUAUGUCGGAUUCUGAUUCCUCCUCUUAUGGCGGUGGUGACUACAAAAAUUUCAAACAAAUUACCCGCGAGCGGUUAUUACAUGAAAUGUUAGCAAAAACAGGGGAUUCCAAACUAAGGUCAGCAAAAACAGGGGAUUCCAAAUCAACUUGGAAGGUACUAAUAAUGGACAAACUUACUGUAAAGAUAAUGUCUCACUCAUGCAAGAUGGCUGAUAUCACUGGUGAAGGUGUUUCUUUGGUUGAAGACAUAUAUAAGCGAAGGCAGCCAUUGCCCACCAUGGAUGCUAUAUAUUUCAUCCAGCCAACCAAAGAGAAUGUAAUUAUGUUUUUGUCAGACAUGUCUGGAAGGGCACCCUUAUACAGGAAGGCAUUUGUUUUCUUCAGUUCAACUAUUUCCAGAGAAUUAGUUAUGGACAUUAAGAAGGAUACUAGGCUGUUGACCCGGUUAGGUGCACUUAUAGAGAUGAAUUUGGAGUAUUUUGCCAUAGACAGCCAGGGUUUCAUCACAAAUAAUGAUAGAUCUUUACAGGAGCUAUUUGGGGAUGAAGAGAAUAACCAUAAAGGUGUUGCAUGUUUGAAUGUAAUGGCAAUGCGGAUUGCUACAGUGUUUGCUUCAUUAAGAGAAUUUCCUUAUGUUCGCUUUCGUGCUGCCAAGUCCCUUGAUGCAACCACAAUGACUACUUUCCGGGAUCUGAUUCCUACAAAGCUUGCUGCUGGAGUCUGGGACUGUCUUAUGAAAUAUAAAAAAAGUAUACCUAAUUUUCCUCAGACAGAGACCUGCGAGUUGCUCAUUCUUGACAGAUCUAUUGAUCAGAUUGCUCCUGUGAUACAUGAAUGGACAUAUGAUGCCAUGUGUCAUGAUUUGCUGAAUAUGGAGGGGAAUAAAUUUGUUCAUGAAGUUCCUGGCAAAACUGGUGGUCCGCCUGAGAAAAAAGAAGUUCUUUUGGAGGAUCAUGAUCCUGUCUGGCUUGAGCUUCGUCAUGCACAUAUUGCAGAUGCUAGUGAACGGUUGCAUGUGAAGAUGACCAGCUUCAUUUCAAAGAACAAAGCUGCACAAAUCCAACAUGGUUCAAGAGAUAGUGGUGAAAUGUCGACAAGGGACUUACAAAAGAUGGUUCAAGCACUUCCACAAUACAGUGAACAAAUUGACAAGCUCUCCCUCCAUGUAGAGAUUGCAGGAAAAAUUAACAGAAUCAUUAGGGAUUCAGGACUGAGGGAACUUGGCCAGCUGGAGCAAGAUCUUGUUUUUGGAGAUGCAACGAUGAAAGAUGUGAUCAAAUUUUUGACUAUGAAAGAAGAUACAACCCGUGAAAAUAAGUUGCGCUUGUUGAUGAUUCUUGCAGCUGUUUAUCCUGAGAAAUUUGAGGGAGAAAAGGGUCUGAAUUUGAUGAAGGUAGCACAAUUGACAGAUGAGGAUAUGAAUGCUGUGAAUAAUUUGAGAAUGCUUGUGGGGCAACAAGAUACCAAAAAAAGUUUGACGAGUGCUUUCGGUCUUAAGUUUGAUAUCCACAAGGUAAAGAAGAAGCGUGCUGCGAGGAAAGAACGUUCUGGUGAAGAGGAAAAAUGGCAGUUAUCACGCUUUUAUCCCAUAAUAGAGGAACUCAUUGAAAAAAUCGCAAAAAAUGAAUUGUCAAAGGAAGACUAUCCUUGUUUGAAUGAUCCAAGUCCAACUUUCCACGGCUCACCUUUUGCUGGGUCUGUAAACCAAAAUCCUCACGCUCAUUCAAUGAGAUCAAGACGCACACCAACUUGGGCUCGACCGCGAGGCUCUGAUGAUGGAUAUUCAAGUGAUUCGGUGCUUAGACAUGCAUCGAGUGAUUUCAAGAAGAUGGGGCGGCGAAUUUUUGUUUUCAUUGUGGGUGGAGCAACAAGAUCGGAGCUUAGGGUUUGCCACAAGCUUACUGGAAAGCUGAAGAGGGAAAUUAUUCUGGGCUCAUCAAGUCUUGAUGAUCCUGCACAAUUUAUUACGAAAUUGAAGAUGCUAACGUCACAUGAACUAUCAUUAGAUGAUAUCCAGAUAUGAUGUUAUGGAUUUGGGAACUCGAAGAUGAGUUUAUGCUUACUUGUAAAAUAUAUUUGUGUUGUAAUCAUAUAGUUUAAUCAUCUCAAUGGUUCAGCCGAGCCGCUUAAUGACAGACUAACCCGAAUAAUUUUUCUAGCUUUCAGUUAACAGACUCGGAUUCGAAUCUACUGAAGCUAGAACACCUUGGUUGUACCCAAAUAGGCACUUUUUAUACUGCUGGGAAGGGGGAGAAAAAAUAAAUUCAUUCGGUGAAUUGCUUCUCAACACGAAUCUGUAGGCGUAGUAGCGCAUACAAUCCAGGAACGCGGAUGUGAAAAUUUCAAAAACUAAGAUAUUGAAUUUACUCAUUUAUCACUCUUUCGACGCUUUCUUCUUUAAGCUAUUAAGGAGCACAUUUGUCCCAAUUUAUUAUCUCGGUC